UGGUUAACACCUAAAUGGCGACUGGAAUCCAGGCUGCUGAAUGCUGACUUCAGCGCGAUAGGCAGACGGACAGACGGCAGGACGGAUACACGGGUGGGGGCUGUGCUAGGCGGCUCGGCGGCAGGCUGGUGGAAGAUGUCGUUAGGAGCCGGCGGGAGGGGCGGAAGGCGGCUCAGGGGGAUAGCAAGCAGUGGGGGUGGAGGAGGGAGAGGUGGAGCGGGAGAGGCGGAGGAAGGUCCUGUGGGGAUCCCUUUCCCUGAACACAGCGCAGACAUACUGGGCAGCCUGAACAAGCAGCGGCUCAGCGGGCUGCUGUGUGACGUGCUCCUGGUUUCCCAAGAUCGGGAGUUCCCAGCUCACCGCUCCGUCCUGGCGUCCUGCAGCACCUACUUCCAUAAGCUCUUCACGUCAGGGGUAGCCGCCGACCAACAGAACAUCUACAACAUCGACUUUAUGACAGCGGAUGCUUUGGGAGCUUUGCUGGACUUUGCCUACACGGCCACGCUGACAGUCAGUCACAGCAGUGUGGCUGAGAUCCUUGCUGCUGCACGUCUCCUGGAAAUCCCACCUGUCCAGGAUGUCUGUACACACCUGCUGGACACCAAAGUGCUCUCCCCGCCGGCGGGCAGUGAGCAAAAAGGUGAGGGUGAAGAUGAGGAUGGGAAAGGCAAAGGAGGAAGGGAGCAGGGGAACCGGGUGCGGGCCCGGGAGUAUCUGGAGUACUUCCAGAGAGGGGCGCAUUGGAGCAGCAGCUGCAGCACGCCGGAGCUCAGGGACCUGCCCACCGCACACCUGCACUUUAAUCACGGUAACGGGGGCACCCCCAGCAACGGGGCCCCUGUUGGCCCCAGCGAGUACUACUCCCCCUUGGCCCUCGCCUUGUCCCAGGUCCCUAAACAGGAACCAGAGGAAGAAGACGACGAUGAGGAUGAAGAUGAGGAUGGGGACGCGGUGCAGGGUAAUGGAGGAACCCUGGGGUCCUCAUACUACCCUCCGUCCCAAAACGGACACUUCUACCUCCCUCACAAUUCUAGGCUGGGGCAGGAGCCCGAAACGGAGGACACUUGUAGGGAGGCGAUGAUAACGGAGAGGGGUUCAGCAAGUGCCCUCCUGCAGCAGAUGAUGGACUCCAUCGAGAGGCAGAAGGAGCGUGCUACGACCGGUGAGGACCAGGGAGAUGGCGAUGACCCUGACAUGGAAUUUUACUUGAAUUAUUUUAGCAGUACACAGCACGAAGAUACAGCGUCAUCCGCUGUAACGCAGGGAGUGCCAUCACUCUGGUUAUCAAGAGGCAGUACAGCCCAAGACAGAGUAGGAGCAGAGAGGGGGGUUGGAGAGAGAGCCAGCGGGGGUGGAGGAGAACGGAAGAUGCGCUCCAAGGCCUUCCAGAAGUGCCCCAUAUGCUCCAAGGUCAUUCAAGGGGCAGGCAAGCUCCCGCGUCACAUCAGAACGCACACGGGAGAGAAACCCUACGAAUGCGCCAUCUGCAAAGUGCGCUUUACCAGGCAGGACAAGCUCAAGGUUCAUAUGCGGAAGCAUACAGGAGAGAAGCCUUACCUGUGUACACAAUGUGGAGCUGCCUUUGCUCACAACUACGACCUGAAGAACCACAUGCGUGUACACACCGGCCUGCGCCCCUAUCAGUGCUCGAGCUGCUUUAAGACUUUUGUGCGCUCGGAUCACCUGCACCGCCACCUCAAGAAGGACGGCUGCAACGGCAUCCCCUCCCGUCGAGGCCGGAAACCUCGCGUGAGAGAGCCAGGGCUCCUCGAGGCCCCCGUGGGCCUGCUUAGCCCCGGAUCCGACACCGGCCCCGGGUCUCAUACCAUCAGGGGAAGGCGGCGAUCGGAGUCGACCUCGGCAGCGGAGGUGGAGGUUGCUGCUGGAGCACAUGCACACAGUCCUCAGCUGCAGGAGCUAGCAGGGGAGGCAGGGCCCUGAGACUGCAGGGAAGACAAGGACACUGCUGGACACCAUAGUCACUCUGCACCGCCUGUGAGACAGGCCAAUGAACAGAGAGGAGUAAAAGAUGCAAAGGCAAUUUAAAAAAACUACAAAAAAAAAACUACAACAAACAACUAACUAUUCCUCUAUAAACCAAAUCAGGGUGUCACAAAAAUCUAAUCUUUAUAUUUCUUUCUCCUAUUACUUAGGACACGGCGUAGAAUUGCAAGCACUUAAGUUGGUUUAUUUGUUAAAGAGCAAAGAACGCUUCAAAUCAUGCACCCAUUACGUCCACUUUCUGGGUCAUUUCUUUCUUUGUAAUAAUAGGGUUUUUAUACAUAUGUGGCAUAUGUGCUUAGGCAAAUGUAUGAUAGAUACAAAGGAACUCUGAGCAACUAUGCAGUUGAUUUAGAUUUUUAUUGGUUUUGUCCUCACAGCCUUCAAGCUCUAAGAAAGGUGUCUGUCAAGCACCUUCUGGCUGCUGUACGGGUGAAGCGAGGACAAAUCCUCCCAAUGAAAACAACUCUUUUUCUAUUCUUUGCAGGUCUGAAAUGUACAGUUACCAUAGAAACACCAUUGCCACAAUAUGGCAUAUGCAAGGAAAACUCGCCACAGUUUUGAUGCAACAGAUUUUCUUCUCUAAAUGUUCCAGAAAGAAUGAGGCAGGGGUUUGAUUGAAGUGUUACUUACUCUCUAAAAUGCAUUUUAAGAAUCUAUGGCUUGUCUUACUGAAAAGCAAAUUCACUUUGAGUCAAAUCCACUUUAAUGGGGGCUCGCCAAUUGCAGGACUCGGGAAUACGAGGGGUGGAGGGUUUGUGUUUCUGAAGCACUACCAUUGUCAAUGUACGUGUUGGCUUUACUACGUGGCCUCUUAUCCCUCACAGCCCUGCAGUGUCAAUAUGUUUGUUCGCCCUUUUGAUUUUGUCUUAAUUUUUGUUUCUCAACAUUUUAUUUUUUUGACUGCUUUGGGUACUUGACACUUUAUUAUUGUAUACAUGUAUAUACAGCAGGUGGUGAUAUGACAUUGGCCCCUCUUAAUGCUGAGUUGUAGUUACCAAUCACAUUUUUUUUUCCUCGUAGGCUUGAUGUCAUAUUUCUCAGAGAGUGAAGCUUGUGGGUGAACAAAACAAACUGUAUGAAUGUUCGAUGAGAGAGGAAAAAAAAAAAAAAAGCAUUGAUUCACCCAUUUGUCCUAAACUUAACACUUGAUAUGUAAAGUUCCUGCCCAAAGGACGAGGGGGUCGAUUGAAUGAAUGUGCUUAACUUUUUGCAGUUUUUCGGAUUCUGUCCUUGUGUGACAAGGCGCGGGUAGCACUUAACCAACCGCAGGUUAAAGGAGCCUGAGUGAGAGAGUGACAAAGAGUACGAAGAGAUAGACGAGCACCUUUUUUUUUUCUAUGUUUGCACAGCUUUACUAAAGAUAUCCAACUGAGGGAGAGGUAAUAUUUAAAGGAAGCGGGCUGAUGUGCGAGGAGGUUUAUGCUUAUUCCAAUCUUUUUGCCCUGGGGACCACACAACCGUAAGGCAACCUGUAUGAUGAAGAGAGCAAUAAAUACCUGUCCAAGUUGGGAGGCCAAAUAGGAGCGCAGCUGCAGCUGGUUGAUGGGGGAGGGGAUCGAGGGAAGGGGAGGGGGAUCUCGCAAUGUCUGUUGCAUUCCAAAAAAUAAUCUCCCCCAGCUCAGCCACGUUUCCAGGCAGGAGGGGAUCAAAUCAGGCCUUUUCUCUCGCUCCCUCUCCCUCUGUAGUCCUCUAAUGCCCCCGAACCAGCCUGGAGGGGAUAUUAUUAUAUUAGAGCCUGGUGUUACUGUGGGGAGGACGCCUGGUGCUGGCAGUUUAGUGUGCGACUGUGUUUGCGUGCGUGUGUGUGUGUGUGCGUGGCAGCCAGGGUCCCUCUGGCCACAUCAUCAGCGUGUGUGAGUCAGCCACAGCCUGUUCAAACAUGCACCCUGAGCUGCCAGCCCCAAUACACUUUGUCUUGCUAACACACACACAUGCUCACUGGGUCCAGGUAUCCUGUAGAGAAGGGGAAAACACCAGAGCUGACAUAUGUGUUUGAAUAUUGUCAGCGACUCCAUACGUUUGGAUUUGUUCGUCUUAAACAAUAAUAAACUCCAGAAUCCAACUUUAGUUUCCAUACGAGCACAUUGAGCCUUUUGCGUUAAGAGAACAUGCAUGUGAUGUAGAGUGCCCCCCCUCCCCCAGCCCACCCUGUAAUUUCUGCAGUAGUGCUUUUUUUCAACUAUCAGUCCUUUUGCACGUUGGAUGGGAAGAGGCAGGUCAUGAUUGCACUUUGUUACUGAGGAGGGCACUUUGGUCAACGAAACGGGUACUUUGAAACAAACCAGUUGCAAAUGAGAUCAGCCUUUUCCUUCAGUGCGUGAUGGUGAAGUCGAGCUCCUUCGCUGGUUUCGUUCAGGUUUUGACAACAAGCUGCCAAAAAAGAAAAGAGGAGACGAGUGUCGAUCUCUACAAGAGAAGCCAGGCAGGUCCACACACACAAAAAAGAGUAAAUCAAUCCAUGUAACUGAAUGCACUUGAAUUUAGUUGUAAAAAAUCUAGUGAUUGGUUUUUUUGGGGGUUUUUUUGUUUUGUUUUUUCGUCUUAAUGUAAAGUAAGGGGAUAGAAGGAGGAGGUAGACAAGUGGAAAGAGCACUGUGUGCGUGCAUACAUGCAUUUUUAUUAUUUUAUUUUUUUUGCAUGCAUGUGCACAAGCAUGCAUUGCUGGCUGGCAGGCUGAAGGGUCUCAGGACAACGCUGGAUAAACAAACUUGGUGUCUACCCCAUCUGUUCACCAGCUACUCUAAAAUCUACAUGUGUUCUCGGAGGAACUGCAGUGAUAAUAGGUCCGCGGUACCACAGGAGCGAAAAUACCAUAUUGUAGAACAACACAUUGGACAGUUGCUUGUUUACUUCACGGCUCUCUUGGUGCAGAUUUGCAUAACUCUUUGUUUACCCUUGUUGGCCAUUGUCAGGGUUUGGCCAGGUCUUGAGAGUUAGUUUCUAUUUUUGUUGUUUCGUUAUGAUAAAGAUGGGGUUAAUUAUUGCACAGUUUGACUCCUGCAGGCAGACCGAUGUAAGCGGGGCAGUCUAAUGUCUUGUGAUCUUCAUGUAUCGUGGUACUUGGCUUGGACUGCCUAAACCCACUUAUCUUGACGUGGCAGAAGUUUUACCUGUCAAGACCCGUGGGUCAUCUUAAACACAAUGUUUCAUUGGACCUUAAUGUUUCCCCAAAUGUCUUAUGUUGUUUGUUGAUUAACCAAAGUUUUUUGCCCUCCAUCUUAGUCUACUGUAAACAAGAGAUAUUGAAAGUAUGUCUAUAAUUUUUCCAGGCUGGGCCUCCCUGACUAAGCCACACACAGAUGCCCUUCUCUGGAAUACAUAUGCAGAAAUGUGUGUCUACUUACUUGAGUUUGCUUUCUCUCACUCUUUGUAUCCUUGUGGAAAAUAGAAUUUGAGGUGUAAGGAUGUAUAGCCUUUUGUUUCUGUCUACACUCGUUUUUCUUAAAAUAACGUGUUGUGCU